AUGUGCACCACCACAGUCUACGUCCACGCCGACGGCCGCCGCUCUGCCGGCACUCAGCCCGUCCUGUGCCAUCUCUCGCGCUUCGGCCGUCCCUGCUCCGCGCUCAUCGAGGUAGAGCAGAGCAUGUCGCGCGACAGGAUCCCUCCCGCCGCGCCCGCCGCGCCCAUCCACUCGGGCACACACUCGCCGCGUCCAUCCAGCCACGAGUCGACUGGUAACCGGUACUCAAUCAGCUCUCGACACUCGAACAGCUCUCGUCAGUCGACUGACGACCACCACUCGACCGGCUCCCGACACUCAUCCACGUCAUCCUCGCGCCGCAGCGCCCGCGACCGCUCGCCCGGCAUCUACAUCAACGGCCAGCGCGUCAACGUGCAGAGCUCCAGCGGCCGCGAGCGCAUCGUCGUGGUGCCGAACCCCCCAACACCGCGCACACCGCCGCAGAACCAUGCCGUGCCACGCACCGCGCCCUCCUCGCCCGCCAACAACCUCGCCGUGCCGCACACCAGCAGCUCGCCCCGCGAAUCCUACAACCGUCCCUACCUGGUGGACGAGCGCACGCCGCGAUACUUCCAGGUGCCGCCCUCGCCGACCGCGAGCAACUCGUCGCGCCACUCGCGCCAGACGUCGACCAGCUCGCAGGGCAGCACCCGAUACUCAUACACAUCGGUCUCGUCUGCCGCUGCUGCGUCUGCUGCAGAGGAAGAGGCAGAGCGCGAGCGCACCCGCGAGAAGCGCAGAGAGGCUCGCAAGGAUCAGGAGAUGAAGGAGCGCAUCCAAAAGGCCAACGCCGAGAUCGCCAACCGUCAGUCGUACGGACGCGCCGGCGAGCAGCGGGCGCCGCAGCAGCAGCAGGUGGCAUCGGAGCGCCGCAGCCGACGCGACGACUUUGACGAGCCCCUGGCUGGCGCCAUGGGCCGCCUCUCGGUCGAGGACAGGAACUGGCAGGAGAGGAGGGCGCACCAGCGCGCGCUCCAGCUCGCGCAGCAGGAGCAGGAGGAGCAAGACAGGCGCCUCCGGGAGCGCAUGGUACCUAGCCGUCGAGCGACCGUGGGACCGGCUAGCAGGCGGCCCCGAGUUGACUACGAACAUGGCGUGUACCGAUACGAGUAA